CCGUGGCGGAAGUGGCCCUUGGGCGCGGGAGCGCUUCCGGGGCAGCGUCGUUAUCGCCACUCAUCGUCGUGAUCACCGUCAUCAUGACAACGCUCCGCGCUUUCACCUGCGACGACCUCUUCCGAUUCAACAACAUCAAUCUGGACCCGCUGACCGAGACCUACGGGAUUCCCUUCUAUUUGCAGUACCUCGCCCACUGGCCCGAGUAUUUCAUCGUCGCCGAGGCGCCCGGCGGGGAGCUGAUGGGUUACAUCAUGGGCAAAGCCGAAGGCUCUGUGGCUAGGGAAGAGUGGCAUGGACACGUUACUGCUCUCUCUGUUGCACCAGAAUUUCGACGUCUGGGUUUGGCUGCUAAAUUGAUGGAGCUCCUGGAAGAAAUUUCAGAAAAAAAGGGUGGAUUUUUUGUCGAUCUCUUUGUGAGAGUAUCAAAUCAGGUUGCUGUAAAUAUGUAUAAGCAACUAGGCUACAGUGUGUACCGGACAGUCUUAGAGUACUACUCGGCUAGCAGUGGGGAGCCAGAUGAAGAUGCUUAUGGUAAGUUCUCGUUCGGUCUCAGAUUGUAUGGAACGAUUCUCAUGUUGAGGGUUUCUGGGUUUGUUUGUAAGACUAUUACUAUUUUUUUUUUGGUAUAUGAAACAAUUUCAGAUAGUUGCUGAUUAUUGGGAUUUUUGUAUCCUCCUUUAGAUAACUUUUCCUGCUCAAGAUUAUACUAAUUACAAAGCUUAAUCUUGCCAUUUACACGUUUUGUGGCAUCUCUGGCAAAAUCAGCUGCAGAACAAGAAUAAGCAAGAAAUGUCAGUGCUUUCUUACUUUCAUCGCACAGCAGGGACUUUAAACUUUUUCUCAGAUGUCUACCUAUAAAUUAACAGUUGCCAGUGUUCAGCAGUAGCAGAGAAUUGGGUGACAUUUUCAGUUUAAAAGGGAAGAAACAUGGAAAUACAAGCA